AACAUCUAAUUUUCAGUCGGAAAAAAACAUUUUGUUUGAUUAAUUAGUCCACAGAUAAAUAAAGAUGGAAAAAGAGAGACGACCUACGAGUCAAGGGCAGUCUUUUUGUUUGAUCUUCUUCUCUCUCGUGAGCGUUUUAAUUCUCAGGUCAAUGAUGGCUCCCUCUCUCUGGUGGGGCCUGAGGAAAGGUUCUGCGUUGCUUCCUCGCGUCUCCGCCUUAUGAAAUUUCUCCCUCGUCCCCACCACCCAACAUAAAAUCCCAUCAAACCUCAAAAGGAACAUAAGUUCCUUCUUACACAUCGGUUACUUGUCCAAUACGACGAAGGCCAAUGUCGUCGACUUCUUCCUCUGGCUCAGAACUCAAUCUGGCCACAGUCAAGAUGGUUCUCUCGGCCGCUACCUCCGUGGCCGCCGCCGCCAUGGUGGCUCGCUCAGUGGCCAACGAUUACUUGCCCGAUGAGCUUCGUUACCACGUCUCCUACUAUUUCCACCGAUUCUUUGGCUACUUCUCCUCUCAAAUGACAAUAGUCAUCGACGAAUCCCGAGGUUAUGUCCCCAACGAAGUCUUCAAGGCCGCCGAGACCUAUCUCGCCACCAAGAUCUCUCCUUCAACGAGAAGGAUAAACGUGAGCAAAGAAGAUAAAGACAAAAACUUCAACGUCACGGUGGAUCGUGACGAGGAAGUCACCGACACCUUCAAUGGCGUCAAACUCCGUUGGAUCCUCGUCUGCCGUCAGGUUGAAACCAACGGCUCCCGCAACUCAACCCAGCGAUUGGAGGAACGGUCCUUCGAGCUGAGCUUCCACAAGAAAUUCAAGAACCUUGUUCUUGAAUCUUACUUGCCCUUCCUGGUGAAACAAGCCGUUUCCAUGAGACAGAAGGCGAAAACGCUCAAGCUCUUCACCCUCGACCCCGAUAACAUGUACGGGAACUAUUCCGAGGCGUGGAUCUCGGUGACGCUCGACCACCCUUCCACAUUCCAGACUCUGGCGUUGGAUCCAGAGUUCAAGAGGAGUAUAAUGGAGGAUAUCGAUCGGUUUGUGGAGCGGAAGGACUUUUACAGGAAGGUGGGGAAGGCAUGGAAGAGAGGGUACUUGUUGUACGGUCCGCCUGGGACAGGGAAAUCAAGUUUGAUAGCUGCAAUGGCCAAUUAUCUCAACUUCGAUAUAUACGACUUGGAUUUGACUGCUGUCAGGACCAACUCCGAGCUGAGAAGGUUGCUCAUUGCCACUGCCAACCGCUCUAUUCUUGUCGUUGAGGAUAUCGACUGCACCAUCGACCUCAAGGAUCGGACCGCCACUGAACCACCUCCCAACUCUCAAGAAAAUGACGACCCUCCUCAAAGCAAGGUGACACUGUCGGGGCUAUUGAAUUUCGUGGAUGGGCUGUGGUCGAGCUGCGGGGACGAGAGGAUAAUAAUAUUCACGACGAACUACAAAGAGAAACUGGACAGUGCGUUGUUAAGACCGGGUCGGAUGGACAUGCACAUCAACAUGUCGUAUUGCACAGCAAGCGGGUUCAAGGUUCUUGCAUCAAACUAUCUGGACAUCGAAGAACACAGGCUGUUCUCUGAGAUAGAGGAUGCCAUUAAUGCCGCUGAGGUUUCUCCUGCGGAUGUGGCUGAGUGUCUCUUGAGGAAUGAUUCCAUCGAUGAAGUUCUCGAGGGUUUGCUCGAAUUCUUGAAAUCCAAGAAGAUUCAUGAAGAGGACGAGGUCAAAGCCAAAAUCAUCAAGGAUCAAUAGUUGAAGAAGAGUAACAAAAAUUAA